AUGAAAGAGAGUGGAAAGGUGAGAGAAGAGGCGGAGAGGGCUGAGAGGGAGAGCAAGGAGGAGGAGCAGAGGAGAUUGGAAGAGAAGCAGAGGGGGGAGAGGAAGAGGGAGAGGAGGAGGGCGAGGCGAGUGAUGCUGCUGGCAGCUCAGCUUAAGGAGGCGUUGGAGCGGCAAGGCAAGGUGGUUCUUGAGACGCCUCUAAAAUCCGCUCAGUUGAAAGAGGCAGUGGAGAGGCAAGGGGAGGGGAGGCAAGGGGCGAUGGGGCAGGGCAGAGAAGAGGGCGUGAGGGAGAGAUGGGCGAAGGCAAGCGACGGAUGGGAGAAGGGGGAGGAGACGAGCGAAGGUGAGAGUGAGACGAGCGAGGAGUUGAAAGCGGUGAAGAUGGAAUAUGGAGGAGACAAAGUGGGGAAGGUGGAAGGAGGAGGGAAUGGUUUAGGAGCAGGAGGGAGUCUAGAUGUGGAGGAGUUUGAGAGUGGUGGAUUUGGGGCAGGUAGCGCUGCUGCUGGGGGGGCUAUUGAAGGGCUCAAGGAGGUUCGGGAUCUGCCGAAGCUGAUGAGCUGGCUCGGCGGUGUGUCGCAGGGGGAAGGCGGUGAGGUUGGUCGUGCUGAGGUGGAUCCGGCCAGUGAUGACGUGUCACUGGGCAGUGCCGAGGUGUCGCAGGUGCUGUAUGAGCUGGCGAUUGCGGAGGAGAGUGAGAAAGCGCUGGCGCUGCUGAGAUGGAUGGAGGAGAGGAGGGAGAGGGAGUGGGAGGGGAUGAGUACGGAUCAACGGAGAAGAAAGAUUGUGGAGGAGGAGAGAGGCGAGAGAAGCGAGAAGCCUCGAAAGAGGGAUGCAACGGGGGGGAGAGGGAUCGAGAGGAGGACGGCGAGUGGGGGAGAGGAUGGGGUGCCAGAAGAAAUUCAAGGAGGAGUGGUAAUUGGGGCGGUUUUGGGGGCACCUGAAAAUACCCCAAGAGGGGGUGCUGUUCGGGCCAACGUCGAAUGCGUACGUGCGAGAGACGCAGGAGCAGCAGGAGAAGGGGCAGAAGGGGCAGAAUGGGCAGCAGGGGCAGCAGGGGCAGCAGUUAAAGCAGCAGCAGGAACAGUGGGAGAAAAUCCAUCCUCCCCUCAUCCCCAUUCCCCACCGUGUCUACUGCCAACUCAUUGGCGCUCUGGUUGGCACCGGCAAGGGCUUGUGAGCACUUGCUGUGUUUUCCAAAAUGAGGAAAGAGCAGGGCCAGGGGCAGAGCACUGGGCAGAGCAAGGGGCAGAGCAAGGGGCAGGGCAAGGGGCAGAGCAAAGGGCAAAGCAAGGGAAUUGGAAGGGAGGCGGCACAGAGUGGGGGAAAGGUGGGGGAAAGGGGGGUUCCGAACGGGGUUUUAAGUGGGCGACAAAGGGCCGAGGAAGGCAGGGGAAGGGCGGCCUUCUUGGCGUUAUGCCACCUGGUGAUGAAGGGGUGCUUGAAGGAGGGCGGGCGGGCGGGCCUGGAGGGAUGCAACGCGCUGGUGGAGGAGAUGUUUGCGAUGGGCGGCAAACUGAAACCCACUCGCUCACUUUCUCCUUGCUGAUCCGUGCAAUGCUGCAAGAGGGGGAGCUGAAGCGAGCUCCUCGCGUGCUGCGCGAGAGGAUGCCGCGCAGAAACUUGGUUCCGCGCCUGGAGGACGUGCAUGCAGUCAUGAAGGCCCUGCUGGGGCAAGGCAAGGAGGCGGGAGUGGCCGAGGCGAUGAGGAUCAUGAAUGAGAUUCUGGAAGUGAAGGGGGAGGGGUGGAGGAGGGAGAGUACCUUACAGAUGGUCAAACCGAGCGAGGUGAGUUGGGGGAGGACGGGGAGGCAGGGGGGGGAGGCGGGCGUGGCAGAGGCGAUGAGACUCAUGGAUGAGAUUCUGGGGUUGACGAGGGAGGGGUGGCGGAGGGAGAGUACCUUACAGAUGGUCAAACCGAGCGAGCUCACCUUCCGCAUGCUCAUCCUCGGCCUGUGUCGUGAGCGCAACCCCAGUAAGGCCGUGUUCUACCUCACUUGCAUGAUGGACGCGGGACUCAUGCCCGAUAGACAGCUCUUCCGCGCCUGCAUGCUCACACUCUCUGCUCUCGGCAUCACCCGCGAUGCACUCGAGUUCUUUGAGUUGAUGCGCGGGACGAGGGCCACCUGGGCGCUGAUAGACGCGGACCUGUGUGUGCUGUGCCGAUCCCGCAUCACCCGCGAUGCAUUGGAGUUAUUCGAGCUGAUGAGAGGGACGAGGGCUACGCGGGCGCUGAUAGACGCGGACAUGUGCACGCUGUUGCUGGCGGCGCUGGGCAAGCGCGGGCUGGGGCUCGAGAUGAAACGAGUGGCAUCACUCAUGCGCAAGGUGGGAAAGUGGGGCCUCUUGGUAGCAGGAAGUGGAGGAGUGGUAAAAGUGGGCGAGGGCCACACGGGCGCUGAUAGACGCGGACAUGUGCACGCUGCUGCUGGCGGCGCUGGGCAAGCGCGGGCUGGGGCUCGAGAUGAAACGAGUGGCAUCACUCAUGCGCAAGGUGGGAAAGUGGGGGCUCUUGGUAGCAGGAAGUGGAGGAGUGGUAAAAGGUGGGAACGUGUGACUCUGGUCCUUAUUAUGGGGAAGGUUGGGGAGAGUGCUAUUGGUAGUGGGGAAGGUGGGGUCUUGGUAGUGGGCGAGGGCCACACGGGCGCUGAUAGACGCGGACAUGUGCGCGCUGCUGCUGGCGGCGCUGGGCAAGCGAGGGCUGGGGCUCGAGAUGAAACGUGUGGCCUCCCUUAUGCGGAAGGUGGGGUGUUGGUGGUGAGGAAGGAAGGUGGGGUGUUGGUGAUGGCGAUCCCUCACAGCGGCGAGUCGUAUGCGCAACUGAUCAUGGGGUAUGCACGGGCGGGCAUGUGGAGCGAGGUGGACGCUUUAGUAGCCGAGAUGGAAGAGCAGACAAGCAGAAGCAACGCCAAUGUUAAUCUUGGUGCCGAUAUUGCUGCUGAGCCUGCCUCUGUCUCUGCCGCUGCUGUUGAAGAGCUGGGGAUUGGGGUGGGGGCGACAGUGCGGGACAGCAUGGCGGUGUGCAAUGCACUGAUGAUGGCGUAUGGGAGGGCCGGCAGGAUGGAGCAGAUGGAGAUGGUGGUGAAUCGACUCAGAGUGCUGUCGCCAGAUGGCACGCUGCGAUUGGAGUCGUACAACACUCUCCUGGAGGUAUACGCUCGUCGCUGCGCCCGCAAUCCAAGAAGGCGAGGCAGAAACAAAAGCAGAAGCAGAGCCGGCACUGUUGCUACUGAUACUGCUGCGGAUUCCAAUUCUGAUGCUGCUACUCCUUCCCCUUCGCAAGGGGAAGCUAGGAAACCUCAAGCCCAGUCUGAGGGGGAGGAAGAAGAAGUAGCAGACAAGGAGGGAGAUGGAUACGUGGAAGGGGAUUUGGAGGACGAGCAGGAGGGAGGGGAGUGGGGGGGAGAGGAGGCGGAGGAGGAGGAAGAGGAAGAAGCGGUGAGGGCACGGCAGGCAGCAGCGAUGGCGGAUGUGGCACGGGUGGUGAUGGAGGUGGAGGGAGCAGGGCUCCGCCUCUCCAUGCGCUCCUAUGCUGCUGUCAUGCAGGCGCUAGGGCUCCGCCUCUCCAUGCGCUCCUGUGCUGCUGUCAUGCAGGCGCUGGGGUUGGCAGGGCACUUCGACCAGGUGAAAGGCCUGGUGGCAGCAGCACGCGCACAAGGGCUCUCAUUCUCCCCACCAGUCUACCGCAUGCUCAUAGACAUGCUGGGGCUGAUUGGUGGGGAGGAGAGGGAGAUGAAAGGCUGCCUGGUGGCAGCAGCACGAGCACAGGGCCUCUCAUUCUCCCCCCCAGUGUACCGCAUGCUGAUAGACGUGCUCGGGAGGGGGGGACGACUGGGGGAGGCGCUACUGGUGUUGGAGGAGCUGAAGAGGGUACACCCCGGGCAUGGCAAUUUGUCCGCUUACAAUACUCUCUUGCUGGUGAGUGGUGUACUCGUUAUAAAGGUGUGCACUCGUUACAAGGUGCAUCGAGAUGGGAGCAGUGAAAACUGCCUGGGGGGAGGAGGGGAGACGCUGCUGGUGUUGGAGGAGCUGAAGAGGGUGCACCCGGGGCAUGGCAAUUUGUCGGCUUACAACACUCUCUUGCUGGCCCUCCAAGACGCCCAUCCAGAGCACAUCUUUGCAGUGCUCGCCCUCAUGGCAUCGCAACGCGUGCUGGUGAUCCCACUCCCUUCCCCACCCUUCCCAUGCCCCUCCACGUUUCCUACCCUUUCCCAUGCCCGUCACCCCCUCCCCAUUCCCCUCAGGCCUUACAAGACGCCCAUCCAGAGCACAUGUUCGCAGCAUUACAAGACGCCCAUCCAGAGCACAUGUUGCAGUGCUAGCACUCAUGGCAUCAACACGAGUGCUGGUUACCCCUCUCCCCACCCUUCCCCACGCCCCUCACCCCUUCCCCAUGCCACCUCCCCAUCCUUCCCCACCCAUCCCCACGUCUCUCAGGCGCUACAAGACGCCCAUCCCGAGCACAUGUUCGCUGUGCUGGCACUCAUGGCGUCUCAGCGCGUGCUGGUGACCCCCACUCCCUUCCCCACCCUUCCAUUGCCCCCCCUCCCCAUGCUUCCCUGUGCCCCUCAGGCAUUACAAGACGCCCAUCCAGAGCACAUGUUUGCAGUGCUGGCACUCAUGGCGUCUCAGCGCGUGCUGCCCAAUCGCAACAGCCUGGGUGCCAUGCUGGCAGCGUGUGAGGCUGCCAACUCGCCACGUGGCGCUGCCAGGGUGUACCUCAGCGUGGUUGACACGUGGCGCGACGGGGUUGGCCGGGAGGGAAGUGGAGGCGGUGGGGGGGAGGAUGGGGAGGAGUGGGAGGGAGAGGAAGGGGAGGGAGGGGGCGUGGUUGAUGCGAUUCUUAAGGCUGUGGAAAGAUUUGGAGAGGGGAAGCAGCAGCAGCAGAAGGAGGGACAGCAGCAGAAGCUGAAGCAGCAGCAGCUGCUGCAGCAGCAGCAGGGGCAACAGCAGGAGGAGAAGCAGCAGCAGCGGCAGAAGCAGGAGGAGAAGCAGCAGCAGAAGGAGGGACAGCAGAAGCAGAAGGAGGGACAGCAGAAGCAGAAGCAGAAGAAGGGACAGAAGCAGCAAAAGGACGAGGAGGAGGAGGAGAGGGAGGGUCAGCAGGGGCCGAGGAGCCCCAGUAUGGAGAUGGCGGAGAGGGUGGUGAGGCUGUGUCGUGAGGGGCUGCUGGCAGGGCAGGCCGUGAGGGUGCUGGAGGGACUGCUGGCCAAUGGGAUUGUGCCAUCUGUCAAGUGCUACAGUGAUGUUAUCCAUUGCCUCGGCGAGGAGUUCAGUGCAGUGACCGGGACAGCGACAGAUGCAGCGCUGCUGCUGGAAGAACAGGAGCAGCAGCAGCAGCAGCAACCGUUCUCCUUUCGAUGGUCCUCCGACAUCCAUUCUAGCGAUAAGAACGAUGAGAGUGAUCAGAGUGGUAAGAGUGAUCAGCAUGCUGAUAAGGCCCUUCCCUACACGUACUCCAGCGACCUCCUCCUCCUCUCCUCCCUCCUCUCCAUCCAAAUCGACCGCGGGAAUUUCGACGAAGCCAUGCACACUGCGCAGUUCAUAGUCAACGAGCGCCUAGACGAGUACCUCUAUAACGAGUACAUGGAAGAGGACAAUCGAAACAGGGAUAUUAGGGGAGGAGAUUCCUACAGAGGGAUUCAGGGAGGGAGUGUGCUGCGGAGGGCCGACCCGGCCUUUUUCCCUCUCGUGAUCGGGUUUUUCCGGCUGGCGAGGCUGAUUCCGGUGGUGGAGGGGAGGACGAAGCAGAAUCUGUCGGUGCUGCUGCUGCUGCUCAUGUCGCAGGCUGUGCGGUGCGGGGCCCCGCCGCUGGUGUCCGGGUUUCUGGUUUCUGCGUGGGCUAAGGCGAAUCAGGAGGAAGGGGAGUCUCCUGUUGGGGAUACCAGCAGCAGCAGUUCCGCUAGACGGCCACGUGCUGACGUGGAUUCAGACACCGCUGACGUGGAUCCUAGCACUGCUGACGUGGCAGACAAGAAAACCUCCAGCAAGGAAGAUGCUGACCUGGACGAGCUCGUGGACGACAUCGACAGCAACGCAGACCCCGCAUUUAUGCACGUCCCACCGCGCAUUCUCGCCGAAUUCCGCUCCUUCCUCACCCUCCCGCCCUGCCCCAUUGAAUCCUCCCGUGCCGUUGCCAACGCCAUUAUUGACACGGCCUACUCCCUGCAUCUUACCCAAGCGGCUGUGGACCUUUUCUACGCUGCGAAUGAGGCUCGGAUGUUCCCGGACCUGUUCCGAUUGGAACGGGAUUCGCUGGUGCUGUCUCUCAGGCUCGUGUCGCCUGCUGGGGCUGAGAACUUCAAGGGGAGCCUCAGCCUCCUGUGGUUGAGUACUUGUGAGAAUGUCGACCCUGUCUAG